CUGAGGAACCUAUACUGCACGGUGUUCUUGAUGUGCCAUGGUUCGUAUCCCUGUCAUGUGUCUGGUGUUCCUUGCUACCUGCCGAACCUUUAAUACCUGACGAACUUUUGGCCCGAAUUUUUAAACGUCUCGGCCCCUCAGUUCGCCUGUUUGAAAAGCCCGUCAUAGAAGUCACUGGUCUUUUCAUGGACGGUUUUAUGAUCCUAGUGAUAGUUUUACACGACGUCUGCUCCAUGAACGGGAAAGUCACCCAUGAACCCCCAGCUAGUCUUCUCUCUGGCCUUGGAAAAUAGCCGGAAUGGGAGCCGAAUAUGUUUAGGAAUAUGGACCUCUGCUACCUGUUGACUCAUGGGAAGUAACAAAGCGCCUCGGCAACACACGCGUCUCAGGUAAGUUUUCGUCUGGUGGGGCAGGUUAGGGGUGAGGAAGGUAAACAAGCGAGGUGAAAGGGCCCGUCAACUCACCUGAUUUUUACUUUUACCUAUUUCUAUGCCAUGUUGCUACCCAGAUUUAGAGGGAGCACUUGCCAACGCUGUAGGACUGACUGAGCCUUGUAGCACCCAAUAGAAACCGUAAACUAUGUAGGAGGCUGAUUUUUUUUUUUUUUUUUUUACAGUAAAGGAAGCAGCUCAAGGGCAAACACAAAUAAAAAUCCGCUAACUACUGCUCCUAUAAAAAAGUUAAGAAGAAUGGCCAAAAGGGAGGGAUUAGUAUUUAGUUUGUAUUUCCUAUCUGUUAGUAAUAUCGUAAUCUGCAAGGAAGUAUUACGAGUGUCUUGAAUUGAAAUGCAAAUGUUUAGAGAGCUCAUUAUUAUCCUCUCGGGCUCUGUAUUACGCUUUAUCGUGUGUAUUACUUGACCCUAACACAACAUUAUUUACUUCUCGGUCUCCUUAAUCUGUAUUGAACCUUCACGUCCUCUGUACUACAUGACCUAGGCGCAGCACUGUCUGUUAAGGGGCGGGGCGCUGAGUGUGGCGGCGCGAGGCGGGGUGGGGCUGGAAGGGCUCUGGGUCCGUGAGUAUUGGAUAUUGUCUCCGCGCCCCGAGUGAGCUGGGAGCAUCGCCGCCUCGCCUAGGAUCGGCCUCACCGUCUCCUCGGUAUGAAGUGCUGUGGGACGCGAAACGUGGCCAGCGGGAAGGUGAAGGAGGCCUGGCUGGGAUCCCUAGACCCGCCGCAACCCUACCAGUCGAAGAUGGAAGAGACUACGAAGAAGAAACAGGCUCGUGUCAUCCCAACGCCCGUCUCCAUGACUUUUCGUGUCUUUGGUAUGCACCCGUGUACCUACGACCCCUCCACGCAGCAUUACUCCGUGCGAUGGUGCUCCCCGCCCGUCAUCCACACCAUCUUCAAUUUCGUCUGGUUCUCCGUCCUCCUCAUCACCUCCAGCGUGGGCAUGGCGCGUCUCUUCUCAUACCCACAAUUCCUCAAGGACUCGGGGUCAGACGAAAUGCAGCUCCUUGGCGUCCUCAUCAUCGUCGGGUGCCUCUUCAACGCUUGGGUCAACGUCCUCUCCAGGCUGAUCCUUUUGCGACCGUUCUGCGACUUCUUCAACAAGUGGAGAGACCUCGCUUCCUCCACGGACCUCAACCCUUUCCGGCACGUCGGCCUCAUCCUCUCCGUGUACAUCGCCUUCCUGAUCUGCUUCCUGGGCGUCAUCGGGGCGGUGUGCACGCUCGGCUCCUCGCAUCUGUUCCUUGCCACUGUCGAGCUCCUGGCGAGGGUCCUCCUGCUGGCGACGGAGGAGUGGCUGGUGGGAACUAAGGGCCAGGUGAUGCAUGCCGUGGUGGGCGUGGUGGUGGUCCAGGUGUACAUGGUCUACAAACUGGCGCUCUUCCUCUUCGUCGCCGCCUGUCACUUCCUCCAGAACUCCUUGGAGGCUUGGCUCGCACACCUGACCUCGACUAUAGACGCUCUCUGGGAGGCCGAAACAGCUGAUGGCGGGGGCGGCGGCGGCGGUAUAGGCGGCGGUGGUGGUGGUGGUGGUGGCUGCGGCAGUAGAUAUGACCUCGGGCAGCUGGUGCACCUCCACUACCAGGUGGUGAAGAUGGUGCGCCACACGGAGCGGCUCUUCUCGCCCACCCUCCAGUGCUUCUACGCCUCGCAGGUGGUAACGCUGUGCCUGGAGCUGUACCUCGUGGCCUACCGCGUGGGCAUCGGGGCGACCUUCGAGCUGCUGGAGGCCGCCUGGCAGAUCCUCGUCAUCGUGCAGACGUGUCUGGUGUUCCUCUUCGUCUCCCUCAAGGCCAGCUCAGUCGCCGAAACGGCGGAUAAAGCCAUCGACAUCCUCCGCCGCGGCCUCCCCUUCAACGCCUGCGACAGGGACAAAUACCAUUUUGGGGAGCUGAUUACGGCAGUGACUUCCGAUCGCAUUUGCAUCACCGGCGGCAAGUUCUUCUACAUCAACAGACCUUUCAUCAUCACGGUGGUCGGGGCCGUGGUCUCCUACUUCGUGAUCGUCCUGCAGCUCAAGUUACCUUCUGUGUCUGCUCAGGAGGCGACGGGGGAUUAGGAGGAAGAGGAGGAGGAGGAGGAGGAGGAGAAGGAGGAGAAGUAGAAGGAGGAGGGGCAGGAGUAAAAGGAGGAGGGACAAGAGUAAAACGAGGAGGGGUAGGAGGUGGAGGAGGAGGAGGAGAAGGAGGAGGGACAGGAGUAUAAGACGAGGGGUAGGAGGUGGAGGAGGGGUAGGCGGAGGAGGAGAAUGAGCAGAAGGAGGAGGGACAGGAGUAGAAGAGGAGGGGUAGGAUUUUGGAGGAGGAGGGGCAGCAGUAGAAGGAAGAGAGCAGGAGCAGAAGGAGGAGGGACAGGAGUAUAAGGAGAAGGGGUAGGAGGUGGAGGAGGAGGAGGGGCAGGUGGAGGAAGAGUACAGGAUAAGGAAAGUAAAUAAUUGUUAGUAUUUUAUUCCCUCCACAUGACAAUCAUAUUUGAGUGUCCUAUUUUUAUUUUACCGCCGACGUACCUGAUUAUAUCACGAUAAUUUUGUAUUGCGUGUCUGUAUAUUACCGAGACAGCUGUAAAUCUGCAUAUUGUGUCGUUUUACUAGUUCAGACGUUUUUAUUUUAUUUAACAAGAGUAUCUGUCUACGUCUUCUCCUUAUAUUAUUAAAUACAGGUGUUUGACGUGCUGGGUGUAAACAAUUUCGAAAGCCAGGUAAUACAAAUAAAAAUGGAUGUUUAUGAC